AUGGUGCUGAAGUGUCCCGGAGCUGGGCCGAGUGCGCUGAGAUCUCCACGCACCCGAAAAACAUUGCCUCUGCUCGGGGAGAGAAGCACCGAGAAGCACCGAGGAGCACCAAGGGGCGGCCAGAGGGCAGACACACCCGGGACAAGGCCAGGCUUCGAGAUGAGCCAGGACACCACAGGGACACGCACUCGCUCCAAAGCCAUGCGCGCCCCUGUAGGCAGCACUGACCCUGGGGCCACGGAGCUCAAACAGGACAGCAGCUGUCCCACCCCAGGAUGCGACGGGAAAGGCCACGUCAGCGGUCGAUACUCUCGUCACCGAAGUGUGCUGGGCUGCCCUCUUGUGAAGAAGAGGAAGCUGGAUGAGGAAGAGGACCAAUCCACUCCAAAGAAGAAGAGCCCACAGGUGAAGGGGGCGGAGCCUGGAGCGGACACUCAAAAUAUUCCGGAGCCACCAGAAUCAUCAAAAGCUUCAAAGACAUUAGAGCGAGCAGAAGCACCCGAGGAACCUGAGGAACCUGUCUCUCCAGUCUCUCCAGAGAUUUCUCAGGAACCAGAGGUACUACAGACCUCUCAGGAACCAGAGGCACCACCAACCUCUCAGGAACCAGAGGCCCCACUGACCUCUCAGGAACCAGAGGCCCCACAGACCUCUCAGGAACUAGAGGACCCACAGACCUCUCAGGAACCAGAGGCCCCACAGACCUCUCAGGAACCAGAGGCACCACAGACCUCUCAGGAACCAGAGGCCCCACAGACCUCUCAGGAACCAGAAGAACCAAACACAGCAGACGAACCAGGGAAUCUGACCACUGCAGUGUCUCCAGAGGUAACAAUUGAAGCUGAAGAACCCGAGGUACCAGUGGAGCCCGAAGAAGAAGAGGUUGGAGUAGAGUCCGUAGAAGCCGAGUCUGUAGAGGUCGCGGUGCAACUGGAGCAGGCUAAGGAAUUAGAAGCAUCCGAGUCACAGGACGUCACCGUGGGACCUGAAGAGGCUGUGUCCCUAGAGGCUGUUCCAGCAGCUCCAGAAGAUCACUAUGAAGAGGAGCUCUCUGUGCCAAGAGCAGAUGUGCCUCAGCUGAAGACCCCCUCUGAGGGCCAGUGUUCUGAAGACACAGAGGAGGAACCCCAGCAGUGGAAGGAGGUUCAGCAUCAGGUGCAGUGCACUCCUCUGGACCAUCAGUACUCCAGUGGAGACUAUGGCCCUAAAGACAGUAGCAUGAGGCACAAAGAGGACGAAGAGGAUGAGGAGGCCUUCUAUCAGGACAGCCCCACCUCCCUCAGCAUGUGCAGCCAGGACUCCCACACAGAGGUGCUCCUCAGGAAGAAGCUCUCUCCACAUCUCCAGCAGCAUGAGCAGGACGAGGGCCCGGACCUGCUGCGCGACUCCAACAAGAGCUCCCCAGCCACUGUGGUCAUCGAGGUGCGCUCAGACGAUGAGGAUGUGGGCUCUGAGGGCUCAGGGGCCACAGAGGGCUCCGGGAUCACCGAGGGCUCAGGGGGCAGCGAUGGUUCAGGGGUCACAGAUGACUCAGACGACUGGGACAUGGCCCGAGGAAACCUGCUGCUACUGGAGCAAGCCAUCGCUCUGAAGGCUGAGGAGGUGAAGGGAGCACAGGGACAUGGCGGCAUCACUGUCCCCCAGGGGCCCCGGCGGAUCCCCCACAGCAGCAGAGAUAAGAAAGAAGUGAAGUGUCCGACGCCGGGUUGUGACGGGACAGGUCAUGUGACAGGCCUGUACCCGCACCACCGGAGCUUGUCGGGGUGUCCGCACAAAGACAGGAUCCCCCCAGAGAUUCUGGCCAUGCAUGAAAACGUCCUGAAGUGUCCCACCCCUGGAUGCACAGGACAGGGACAUGUCAACAGUAACCGCAAUACUCACCGCAGUCUGUCCGGUUGCCCCAUCGCUGCGGCCAAGAAACUCAACCGCACUGUGAGCCUGGACAACAAGCCUGUGGCCUCCUCCAGCGACCUGGCCAACUCUGACCGUGUGCUCAGGCCCAUGUGUUUUGUAAAGCAGCUGGAGAUCCCUCAGUUCGGCAGCUACCGGCCCAGCACUGCGACCACCACACCCAGAGCCAACCUGGCCAAGGAGCUGGAGAAGUACUCCAAGGUCUCCUUCGACUAUGCAAGUUUUGACGUCCAAGUGUUCGGCAAGAGGACCCUCAUCCCAAAACCCCCCGGCCUCAGCAUAGACAGCCCCCCCAAAGCCUUUAAGAGUAAAGUGUUCCCUAAGCCUCCGUCUCCCAGCCCCUCUGCUACAGGCGGGUACACCACAGUGGUCAGCCCCUCGUCUGUGGGGUACACCUCAGCAGGGACUCCAGCCUCUGUCGGGUACACCUCUGCGGUCAUCCCCUCUACAGGCGGGUACACGUCUGCCAGUAACCCCGCCUCUGAGUACGACUACAGUCAGGACGCAGAGGCCGCCCACAUGGCAGCCACCGCCAUCCUCAACCUGUCCACGCGCUGCUGGGAGAGUGGGCAGCCACCCCCUCUCCAGCCUCAGCCCCCUCCCCAGCCAUCCUCCCCCAACGCCAAGGACACCGACAUAGAAGUUGACGAGAAUGGAACGCUAGACUUGAGCAUGAAAAGGAAGAAAGAGGAGCAGGCCGUCCCAGAGAGCCCCUACGUCCCCUCCUCCGUCCCGCCAUCCCCGCAUCCCCCCGCCACGGAGCAGGACUGGUCUGAGCCGCUGGACUGCACCACCACAGCAGGUCCUAUGAAAGAAGAGGAGGAAGAGGAGGAGGGGAGCGAGGAGGUCUGCUACGAGGACGAGUAUGUGGUGCGCUCCUACAGCUCCUCCGAGGCUGAUGAGGAGGACCAGGACGCACUGGAGGACAGGAGGUAUCCAGGCGAGGUGACCAGCAGCUGCUUCAAGAUCAAACUUCAGAACAAGGAGAGUCGCAAGGAGACACUGGUAUGUCCCACACCGGGCUGUGAUGGCAGCGGACACAUCACUGGAAACUACGCGUCACACCGAAGUCUUUCUGGGUGUCCUCUGGCUGAUAAGUCCCUGCGGACCCUCAUGGCGGCGCACACGGUCGAGCUGAAGUGCCCCACGCCCGGCUGUGACGGAUCCGGACACAUCACAGGGAACUACGCCUCCCAUCGAAGCCUGUCAGGGUGCCCACGGGCCAAGAAAGGAGGCAUCAAGUCAACCCCGACCCGGGACGAGAAGGAGGACUCUGAGCUCAUCAGGUGCCCCGUGCCCGGCUGUGACAGCAUGGGUCACAUCAGUGGGAAGUAUGCGACCCACCGCAGUGCGUACGGCUGCCCGCUGGCCGCUCGCAGGCAGAAGGAGGGAAUGCUGAACGGAAUGCCUUUCUCCUGGAAGGCCUUUAAGAGCGAGGGGCCCACCUGCCCCACUCCGGGCUGUGACGGCUCGGGACAUGCCAAUGGCAGCUUCCUCACGCACCGCAGUCUGUCGGGAUGUCCUCGAGCCUCAGCCAAUAAGAAGAGAGCCAAGCUGGCAGGAGAUGAGUUCAUGACGGCCAAGUUCAGAGCCAGUGACGUGCUGGACAACGAUGAGGACAUCAAGCAGCUGAACAAAGAGAUCACUGAACUCAACGAGUCCAACUGUGAGAUGGAGGCCGACAUGGUGAACCUGCACACCCAGAUCUCAUCCAUGGAGAUGAGCCUGAAGAACAUGGAGGACGAGAACAAGCAGAUUGAGGAGACAAACGAGGCCCUGUUCCUGGAGCUGUCAGGCCUGAGCCGGGCCCUCAUCCACAGCCUGGCCAACAUCCGGCUGCCUUCUCUGGAGACUCUGUCGGAGGAGAACUUUGACCGGUACGUGGACACGCUCACGGACAUGUUCUCCAACAGAGACUGCUACCAGAACCCAGAGAACCGCGCCCUGCUGGAGUCCAUCAACCAAGCUGUGAAGGGCAUCACAGUGUGA